AUGCCUUGUCAAAAAACAUAUAUAGCAAUUUGUUUAGGACAGGUUUUAUCAUUAUGUAUCACAGGCACAAGUUCAGCAUCCUCUGCUCUAUGGAGACAUUAUUCAAUUAGUAUACCCUUUACACAAAACUUUUGUAAUUAUCUUUUAUUAGCCAUCAUAUAUACCUCAUUAAAACCAAAUAAUCAUUUGACAACAACAACUAAUUGGCAAUUUUUUGGAUAUUCUUUUGCCGAUGUUCAAGCAAAUGUGUUAGCUGUCCUAGCAUUUCAAAAUACCUCUGUGUUGUCUGCUCUUGUCUUAUCUUCUUGGUCUAUUCCUUGUGUUAUGCUAUUAUCAACGUAUUUUCUAAAUUUAAAAUAUAGUCGAAUUCAUGUACAAAGUGCUUGUUUGUGCUUGAUUGGAUUAAUACUACUUAUUUGGGGAGAUACGAUUACGAUGAAUAGUGAUAAUGAUCAUCCUAGUAAGAAGCAUAUAUAA